GGGGUCGAAUCAAACGUAAUCAGGUAGUCGACAUGAAAACACGCUUAACGCUGCCAUUGAGUGCUCUGGCGCUGCUCGGCCUGGCCAUCACCUGCUCCUGGGGCCAGGAACAAUUGGAACCAAGGCCGCCCAAGCGGGGCCGGUACAUUCCCGAGCUGCACGGAGCCACGGGCUGGUAUAUGCCGGACGACAGCGGAAAGUACCGGCAUGAGCACAAUCCCUACGAUGGCGGGUACGGGGACCGGGGACAGCCGUACUCCGCCGAUCUGCGCAGCAUCUUCCGAAAGGCCGAGGAGCAGCUGGCCGCCAGUGUACAGGAGGCCAACGAGAACUUCGCCCUGGGUCCCCGCGAUCAUCUGCGCUUCAUGAUCGACUUCAACUACAAAGGCACGGGCUGGCAGAUCAUCCAAUUCGAAUGGGUGCGCGAUGGCGACGAUACCCAUCCGGAUAUGAAAAAAUAUAGCUACGUUAACGAGAAUAAGCUGUGGGAGACGGGGACGGAGAAGGCGACGGGAGUGGCGGAACAGCCCUAUCACUACCACCAGCCCGAUGAAGGCUCAGAGGUGAGCUGUGAGCCACCUGUGGAGGUCAGCGAGGAGCAGCAGCAGCAACAGCACGAGGCUCAGCCUCAAAGCAACAUUAAUUCCGAACAGGACCCCGAGAAGAUUCAUGAGACCAUUAACGAAGUCCUGGAGUACAUACAACAGCGUAUCCUGCCCACUCUGCGGUAAAAUGAAUGAUAAAUGAAAUGUAUUGGAGUUGGUGAAAUAAAUGUAAUGCGGAACUGGAA